GGUUACAAGGUUCAUUUCUCAAAAAUCAUCAUGGCGUCCUACAUACCAGAAAAUUUUUGGCAGAAUGGCCCCCGUCCAGGAGCGUUUUACAGCCUUCCUGGGAAUAAAUCGUCAUCGUCUUACGAGCCAGCUAAACAUACACUAAACCCUAUGGUAACUGGUACCUCGGUCCUUGGUAUCAAGUUCAAUGGCGGAGUCCUGCUGGCUGCCGAUAUGUUAGGAUCGUACGGCUCCAUGGCUCGGUUUCGCAACAUUUCACGCAUCAUGAAUGUCAACAAUAACACAGCCAUUGCCGGAGCGGGGGACUACGCUGAUUUCCAGUUUCUCAAAGAAGUGCUAGAACAGAGGAUAAUUGAUGAUGAGUGCCUUGCUGAUGGACACGAGUACACACCCAAGUCACUCUUCUCCUGGCUAACUAGGGUCAUGUACAACCGACGAUCCAAGUUCAACCCUCUCUGGAACGUCUUUGUAGUAGGCGGCGUACACAAGGGAGAACCGUUCCUGGGUUAUAUUGACAAGAUUGGCACAGCUUAUGAAUCUCCCACAGUAGCAUCUGGGUUUGGUGCCUACAUUGCACUGCCGCUAAUGAGAGAUGCUUACGAGAAGAACAGCAACAUGUCAGAGGCAGAGGCACGAGCUGUACUAGACCGAUGCAUGAAGGUGUUGUUCUACAGAGACGCUAGAUCCUUUAACAAGUACGAGUAUGCAGUAAUCACUUCCGAGGGAGUCACGAUUGAGCCCCCGACAUCCUCCAAAACAAACUGGGACUUUGCUUACAUGGUUGAGGGUUAUGAAUGAGGUGAACCUUUCUAGGGAACUGCAGAGAUCAGCUUAGUAAUCUUCAUCCCCAUCUGAGGUCGUUAUCAGCUCCAAGUCUUCUUCAUUAUUAAACUAAAUGAAUUCAAAACUAGGGUCAAAUUUCACGGCACUGCUUUGACGAUCAGCAGAAAAGUUUUGCUAAGUAUAGCAGAAACUUUGUGCUAACCUCAGGCUUUUUUUUUCCCACAGUGAAGACUUACUAUUUCUACCAGCACUAUUGUGUCAUUAUGUCAAGAAUGAUCUAACGUUAGCGUGCUCUUUGCUGAGGGUACUGCUUAUUCAAUUAAAUGGAUACAAAUCCCGAAGUGGCAAAAAACUUUAGCAGAGCCAUAAAAUUGGGCCUAAUUCUAAGGGAGCAAGAAUGAAGUUUGUGUUGAGCUCAUCUCCUUGAAUCGUUAAAACAAUACAUGUAUCAUUUAUUCACCUGGUUAUUCUCUUGACAUUAUUUAUAUGAACUUGGGUUUUUCACACAUAAAGCGAAAAAAUGAUAUCUUGUCAUUGCAUUAAUUUCUGGGAUUAAGAAGUGUUAUAACACAUUUGUUCCUUUUUGUCAUGUUUAUUUUCUAUUUUAAUGGAAACUUAAAAUGGUCCAGGAAUAUGUAUCUUUGAGGCGAAGUUAUGAAGCGUUAUUUGAAAAAUGAACAAUCAAACUGGGCAACAACGUAGCAAUACCACGCUGCCAGGGGAGUUCAUAUGGUACUGUGUAGGAAAAAGUUUCAUUAUUUGCAGAAAAAUAGCUGUUGGAGUAA